GUGAAGUGAAGCAAGGCAGAAUCUUCUCCUCCCAACUCGCCUCGCGCCACUCCGCCACCCUCCUCUCGCUCCCGCCGCCAGCCCGCCAUCGCCAUGGAUGGAUGAGCUUGCUUGCCCUGUCUCGUCUCCGAGUAACCCAAAUCCCUCACGCGCACCACACCAUCAGACCCCUCGCUCCGCUAGCUUCCCGUCAGCACGCAUUGCAUCGAGCUCCUCUGCCCUCCUCAGCUCUCAGGUCACUCACUGCUAGCUCACCGGAGCGACCGAGGAAAAAAAUCCAACUGCCGUCCCCAUGAGCGGCGGCGUCUCGGGCGCGGCCUCGCCGGAGGUCGGAAGCGGCGACGAGUGGCCGCGCAUCUUCGACCGGGUCGAGGCGCUGCUGCCGCGGGUCGAGGAGCUCGCCGCCGACCGCGCGCGCAGCAGGGCCCACCAGGAGUCGUCGGAAGCCCGCGAGAACGCCCUCCAUGCCCGCCUCCUCCAGGCGGAGGCGAGCAGGAGGAGGUGGAAGGCGGCCUACACGGAGCUGCCUCCCGGUGCCAAUCCCAAGCUCGCCGAACUUCAAGAAAAUGACUUGGUGGAUUCCAAAGCCUGUGAAGGGAUUAUUUAUGCCGGUGGCUCUGAUCCAGAGAUACAACAGGGGGGCUCCAGAAAUGGCCGACAGUUCAGUCAGAACAACGAGGAUCAUGAGGACACCGCAAGAGACUUGAAAGCAGAACUAAAUAAACUGAAGCAAGUUUAUGGGACAAUGAGCUCAAAAAAGGAUAAGGAAGUUUCUGAAUUACUUGUAGUGCAGAAUUUCCUGUGGAACCAAUUGAGGACAAUGGACAAGGACAACACAGCGCUCCUUAAAAUGAAAGAAGUGGAGGCAGCUCAAGCUACUGAAGCAGCCCAAAAGGUUCAGCAGAAUGUAGAGGAGCUGCAGGUGGCUGCCCGAAAUAAGGAUGCUGAGAUUGACAGAUUGAGAGCAGAGGCUGCUAAUGCAAAAACAAGGGUACUGGUUCUUGAGGGUAAGCUGCUGGAAAUGCAAUCCUUGGUUAAGGAGAAGAACGAUGAAAUACAAAAAAUCAGAAGUGGGCAACCUGAGAGUCUGAAAUGCAAAUGCGCCUCUUCUCUAUCAAAUGAGACUAGUCAAAAGCGCAGGAAGCUUACCAACGAGAUGCAUUUUGGACAGUGCACGACUAGAAAAAAAAGCAAGGGUUGCAACUUCCCUGGUAUGCAUCCAUUGGCGAAAAAGAACCAAGUAUCGUUGAAUUGUUGGUUGAUGCUGUUAGAGCAUGAAGAUUUUUACCGUUAUAUUCCUCAGUGUGGUGGAGGUUAUGUACUUGCCAGAGGGCCAUGAAGCAUAUCUUGAUGGAAUGCGGUUAUCUGAUAGUUGCCCAUGUGAUCGGAUCAAAGACCUUAAAGCUGUAGAGCUUUGCAGAAUUGAGGGUCUUGGUUAUUCAGCUUAUGGUGAAAUCUGUUGUACAUUAGCACUUAAAUUCAUUGAUGACACUUCAAGCGGAUUUGGCAAACAGUUUAUAAUCACAUUGCUUGAGCUGGCUGACUUUUCUGAUUUUCUUGUGGAAAGAACACGGUUUGAAGCUACUAUUGUGCAGAACUGGACUAUCAGAGAUAAGUGCAAAGUUUGGAGCAUGGAUGAUGGAGAGGAAGAACGAAGUUGGUGGGAGGGACAUGUGUUGGCAAUAACACCUGAUUCGCCUGAUUUUCCUGAGAGUCCAUGGCUUAAAUAUGCUAUACAGUUUUAUGAUGGCUCUGACUUUCUGUAUAGCCCCUGGGAGCUCCAUGCUGCUGGCCCAUUGGUUCCAUGGAAACAUCCACAUAUUGAUUCCAGUAUCAGGAAUAAACUGUUAUCAGCAGUGACCACUUUACAGAAAAUGUCUCACAAAAACCAGGAUUACUAUGGUGUUCUGAAGUUGGAUACUGUUGUAGGAGAAUCAGAUUUCAUAAACAGGUAACUCCUUUAUGGUUGGCAAAUCUUGUGGCAUGCAUGAAACAUAGAUUUUGCUAAUUGACAUUCUGUCAUUAAAGUCAAAGAAAUGCUGUGUUGACCUGCUGGCUGUGCCUCAACAAGUCCCAUUUUCCAUUUCAAUUAUGAGGCAUAGUUGUUAGAAUACAUUUAUUUAAAACAAGGUGUUGCAUUAAAUUGUUAUGUUAUUUUAUUAUCUGUUUCGUCAAUAUAUAUGCUAAUAGGAUGAGCAUCUAGAAUAUCAGAAGGCCCUGUGUAAAUUUGUAUGAAUGUUUAUUUCAUACUGAAUCUUCAUAGUACUUAUCCUUGCAAGGGUUGUUGCUGUAUUACAGAUACUCCUACACAUUGUAGAAGUAUGUUUCUGAGAAUUGGUGCCUCCUUUCCUCAACAUUGUUGGUUUGGAAAACUGUUUCACACGGAGUAUAAUUGAUGCUUUUUAUCUAUGAAGUACUCCCUCCCUCCCAUAAUAUAAGACGUCAUUACAUCCAUUAUACUCACAUAUUGGAUUUAAUAACGUCUUUAUUAUGGGAUGGAGGGAGUUAACAUACAUCUAAGAAAUAUAUAUUUUUGUCUGCACAAAUUUAGGUUUCCUGUCCAGUUUUCCAUCGAAGUGAUCAGGGCAAGACUGCAGAACGAUUACUACAGAACUCUGGAUGCUGUCCAACAUGAUGCGACUGUGAUGCUUGCCAAUGCCAAGUCUUGCUUCUCAAAGAGCUCUGUAAUGACCAAAAAGAUCCACAGGCUAUCAGAGUGGGUCAAUGAUAACAUUCAAUCGCUGUAGGGAAAGGUGCUUCUGUGCACUCCAUUGGCAUCCGUCCUUUUUUUCCCACCUGAAUUUACCUAUCAGCCAGUGAGACGAUCCUUACGUGUGUUACCUUUUGUUAGAGGAAUGCUCCAAAGUUUUUUUUUUUGAAAGAUCCAGCGUCAUACUGGCAUUUCAUUGAUAAGCAGGAAGCAAUGGAGAAAAUACAAAGGGCGAGGUGCAGGUCCUAGGACCAGUUUUGUUACAACACUGUAACCUCGAAAACAAAUGUUGGCCUAAA